GACCGGUUCUUAUCCCCUGCCGUGAUCAGUAAUGGCAAAUAUAUCCACAAUUUUCCGCAUCAUCAACCUGGAAUUUCCUUCUCCAUACCUUAUGUUUUUCUUUUUUUUUUUUGGUUUGGGUAAUCUGUAAGGUUUCCUUCUACACACUUGAUACGACGACCGAAGUUGAGACACAAUCAUAGCGGAGAUUUGGUCGAAGCAAAGAAACAAAUCAACAGAAAAUUACGUAGAACCUAGAAACUACCACACCUGUCAAUCAGUUUCUUCUGUCACAAUUCACGACGUGGAUACAAAUCCUUUAGGCUUCUUCGUAGGGGCAAGGGUGGGCCUGUAACCUUGCCUAGUCCCUUACAACACCGGCCCGGCUGAAUGAAUUUGAGAAGACCGCAAGAACUCUUAUCAAAAAACAGUACAGGAGUGAACAUUUUGGCCAUAUCUGUCUAGCUACUGCGCAGAUGCAGUCAAGCUAACCGUAAUAGACUCGUCGAAUUCAUCACCGGCAAUUGUUGACUUUCUUGCCCGGCGCUUAUCACCACCAUCAACUUUCUUGAUAACCGGAAUCUAUGCCAAUUCCGCAUUUCCGACUUCACCCCACCGAAUUUUCUUGCCAUUGAUCCACGGUCGAUGCAUGUGUAACACAUUCGCUGGCCUUUCUCGUUGCAAAUUAACUAUGUCUACACGCCAAGUUGCCGAAAGCCUGAUGAUCAUGUUUAAUUAAUGGCACCAAAUGUGCAGGAUCUUCACUUUGUGCUGGUCCCUUUACUAGCGCAAGGCCACCUGAUCCCGAUGAUAGACAUGGCCAAGCUUUUCGCCGAACAUGGCGUUAGAGUAACCUUGGUUACUACUCCAAACAAUGCCCCCUCAUCAAAAAGAGCUAUUCAUCGGGCUCGGGAAUCAGGGCUCUCCAUUCAAGUGCUGGAAAUCCCGUUCCCCUCUACAGAAGUAGGGCUGCCACCAGGCUGCGAGAAUCUCGAUAGCGUGCCUUCCAGAGAUCUUCUAAGAAAAUUUUACACCGCACUGCAUAGUCUACAGCAGCCACUGGAACAGUAUCUCCAAGAACACAAGCAUCCUCCGAGCUGCAUAAUUUCAGAUAAGUGUAUGUCCUGGACGUCCCAAACAGCUCGAAAAUUCCAGGUUCCAAGAAUAAUUUUCCACGGAAUGUGCUGCUUCUCUCUAUUGAGUGCCCAUAACAUCAAGCUCUACAGGUCUCACCUUUCCGUUAGGUCCGCUGCUGAACCCUUUGUCAUCCCAGGAAUGCCAAUGCACGUCCAAAUCACGAAAGCCCAGUUACCAGGAUCAUUCGUUGCAUUGCCUGACCUGGAUGAUGUCCGGGACCAGAUGCGCGAUGCUGAAUUGAGCUCUUAUGGGGUGGUGGUUAAUACAUUUGCGGAAUUGGAGAAUUGUUGCGUGGAGGAAUACAGAAAGGCUACAGACAAAAAGGUUUGGUGCAUCGGACCUGUUUCGCUGUGUAACAAGCAUAAUUUGGACAAGUUUGAGAGAGGGAACAAAUCAUCCAUUGACGAAGAGCAAUGCUUAGAGUGGCUCGACUCAAGGAAGUCAGAGUCAGUUCUUUAUGCUUGCCUGGGCAGCCAGUGCCGGCUAGUUCCAGCCCAAUUGAUACAAAUCGGAUUGGGAUUGGAAGCAUCUAAUCAACCAUUCAUUUGGGUGAUUAAGACAGGAGAAAGAUUCUCCGAGUUGGAGCAAUGGUUAUUGGAUGAAAGGUACGAGGAGAGGAUCCGAGGGAGGGGAUUACUGAUUAAAGGUUGGGCGCCUCAGGUUCUUAUUCUGUCCCACCCUGCAAUCAAAGGAUUCUUGACACACUGUGGUUGGAACUCUACCAUAGAAGCCGUGUGCUCAGGUGUGCCAAUGAUAACAUGGCCUAUGUUUGCUGAACAAUUUCUCAACGAGAAAUUGGUUGUAGAAAUACUUAGGGUCGGUGUUCGAGUUGGCGUUGACGUGCCAGUAAGAUGGGGAGAAGAAGAGGAAGUUGGAGUACUAGUGACUAAAGAGCAAGUUGUAAAUGCUGUGGAAAGGCUAAUGCAUGAAGGAGAAGAAGGCAACGAUCGGAGAAUCAGAGCCAAAGGGCUUGGUUUGGCUGCAAAGAAGGCCAUGGAAGAUGUAGGGUCGACUAAUAUCAACGUAUCACUUCUGAUCCAAGAUAUUAUGGAGCAAUCCUUUAAGUUAGGAGAAGGAUGCAGACAUCAGAAUUAGGAAGCCAGAGCAACAUUGGCUAGUGCAUUUUAUUGUCAAUCCCGAGUUGUAAAACUCUUGCUAAGAAACUGCAGCCCGGUUCUAGAAUGGUGGGAGACUUGAUUCCAACCACAAUUUAGUUCGUUGGACCAUCUCUACCACUCUCUGCGUGGGUGGAUCGGCCCAAUCCAUCAAUAUUUUACGGUGGAAAAUGAAGACAAUCUAGUUGCAGUGCUCGUUGCUCAGA